CAAUCCCCCACACGAGGUACGACGCUCCGCUGCUGCCGCGUCACCAAACACUCGUGCCCUUGCGCAACACUGCCGCACGAUAUAAGACUCCAUCUGCCGUCUAUUUCCAGUUUGUAGAUCACGACAAGCAGAAAGGAUUUGGCUUGUGACUGAAAAGAAGAUGAGAUUGGGAUGUCUGCUGCUGGCGUUAGUGGCGAUGGUGGUGGUGGCGGAAGCACGAGAGGCACGCUUUCUCUGCCCAAAUAAGUACGACCCCGUGUGUGGCAGUGACGGUAAGACCUACAGCAGCACGUGCAUGUUGUGGGGCGAGAGGUACUACAGGAACAAGCCCAGCCUGCACGUCGUCAAAAAGGGCGUGUGCGACCCCAAAAGCAAAGCUGACAGAAGUAAGUAUGGGAGAUCUUACAAGCCGGGACCCAAACUGCCACCAGGAGCUGUGCCCGGGAGAACACACAGGUGGAAACACAGCAGGCCCCAGGUAGCACACCAGCUGAAACCCGGUACAUCCCAUCACCAUCACCCGGUAAAUAUUGCACCCAGGUCCUAUACGCCCCAGAAAACACACAAGCAGAGCCCUCAAAAACACCAGAAGAAAUACUCCGGAAAACCCCAGAAACACUUCGCCCAAAGACCCGUGUUAAUGCAUGGCAUCAGCCCACGAAUCGCACAAGGCCCAAAACCCAAAGGACCCCAGAAAUCAAGUCGUAAAAGAUCCUGGGCAGUGUACGGCAACAGACAAAAAGACACAGACCCAAGACACAGAGGCAAGCAUCCCUCACCUCACAAGUCAUUCGCUUCCUCCAAAUACCAGGUAGCCCAGUCCAAGCCUCAGCCACGCCUUGCCACAAAGUUCUCAAGACCUGGCGUGGUACCGCAACACACUCUGGCACCCUUGCCGCUGCACACCAAGAGCCCCGGAAAGACGGUAGACCUCUAUAAAAAACCAUGUAAGAAGAAGCAUAGAGCACAUGAUUCACCAACUGCAAAGGCAUCCAAGUCCACCGGCGGCAAGCGAACUGGUAAGGCUGUCUAUUAUUCACCUUAUGCGUCGCCAAGGGUAGUGUCCCCAAAAGGUGCCUUCUACCUACGCCCAGAAACCCCGCCGGAGUCAGUCUCACUCCCACCAUCUCCCAGCUCGUACAUCGUGCCCAAGUACACCAAUUACCCACAGACAUCCGUAAGUAAGCCCUCUAUAGUCGUGGCGCCAAAACCAGAGGAUUUGGGAACAAGCUGGACGCCGAUUCAAGAUCAGUUCCAACAAACCGGACCGUUCCUCUACUACGGGUAGGUCUUGCUGCCUCGCCCUGUACCGCUGUAUGUUAAGGAGACACGUGACCCAAAACGACCAGAAGAUCAUUACAGUCAGUGACGGAGAGAACAUUUCAGUCAUCCUGCAUCAUUUCCCUGUUAUUAGGUCUUACUGAGUGACUCUUUGCAGUGUACGACAAACGAUGCGUGACCCAGGAAGACCAAUAAAGAAUGAUUAGAAGACCAUUCCAGCAAGCUUUACAUACAAAAUGGCCUCCUGUCAGGUUUUGCAGAAUGACCUUGUGAUAUCUGAAGAGCAAUACAUGACGACUAGAGUGACUUAGGGACCGUUACAAAGAGACCAUAGGGACCACCAUAGAGAGACCAAGUGACCAAGAGACAAGUACAAUCAGAAUGAAUCAAGAGACCACAUCAAUCAGUCUAUCGAGUCAGCUGCCCAUUAGACUGUACAGAAUGACCCACAGGCGAUACGUGAUCUACUGGAAUAACUGAGACUAUUACAAUCAGGAAGACAAAAGACCAUUCCAAGCAAAUUUUACACCAGUCCCCCUAUUAAACCUCACUGUAUGGCAUUCUAGCAUUCUAAAGGCAAUACAUGACCGAUUAAAAUGACCGAGGAACCACUGCAAAGGAAAGACUGUAACAGACUGACCAAGAAACUACUGCAAGCAAAAUUCAGACCAGUCCCCCUGUCAGGUGUUACUGUGUGGCAUUCCAGCCUACACAAACCUACAAAAAUCAUUAGUUGCCAAGGGAUAGCUGCAAUCACGUGACAGCAACAGAGGUGACAGCAACAGAGGGACCAAGAGACCACUGCAAGCAAAAUUCAGACGAGUUUCCCUAUUAAGUCGAACUGAAUGACCUGAUCCAUAACACAACACGCAUUCUGCAAAAAACCUGUGAACGUAUCCUGAAACACUUCUCUCUGCACCCCGACUACGAAGCCUCCCAUUGAAGUUACACGGGUUUUUACGAGUGUUUUAAACGAUUCCAGUGACAGAUUAACAAGAUUUCAACAUUAUUAACAGGAGAAACACUCGUGAGAACCCUGAUAUUCUCUGUGGCCUUAGAAAAUUAGGGUAUUGAGAGAGCAGAGGGUUUCUGAACACAGCCCCUGACCUUCUGAUGUGACUAAGGACCAUUAUAUACAACAUUCAGCUCUCUAAUACGCACCACUGAAUAAUCUACACUAAGAAGCAUUUUAGACUAUACAGGACCUUAAUGGAUGUGGGGUUCAGCUACGUAUGCAAUCCUUUAACGCCUUACCGCUGAGUUACGAAGCCACGGCGAGCAUGUCUUCCUACACUGAUAACUUGAUUUUAUGUGGGACUCUGCCAGUGAGAUUGCUUGGAAAUGAUCUAAAACCCUUUCAUUUAUAUUUGACGGAUUUUUCCUUGCUCACUAACCACUCACAGACACCUUUUGUUCCUUCACAGCCACCUUCAAAGAUUGUACUGGCUGGAAAUUACAUCUAUUCUUUCUAUCCCUUUCUCUUUCUUGUAGAUGCUUGUAAAGACUCCAUCUCUUUUUGCGUUGUGAGUUGUUGGAUAUUGUAGUGAAAGGGUCAAAAGAGAACGUGCAGAAUGAAAAAUGUUAGUUAAAUAAGAUCUUUAUACCAGUUUCUAUUACAUGUGUCUCAAAGUAGCACACCUUGAGUCUAUACAUAACCUUGCUGGAAGGAGGAUUUAACACAAUGGCAAGUCACAAACAGUAGGCAUGAGAGGCCCGUCUGCCUGCAGCGCUAACAUGCCGCCACCUGGGACUGUCCUUGAAAACAUGUUAAAUAAAAACUUUCCACAAAUUUC